UAUCGCUUCUAUCUGUGUAUAUAAACGCUCAUAAUCUUCAACGAGUCUUAAGUUCGUAAUCGUUUGCUAUACACAGUAGUCGAUUUUUUCAGUCCAUCAACCGAAGAAGACAAAAUGAUCACCGCUGUACACCGUUCGUUGGCGUUGCUGUGCACGAUUGCCGUAUGCGGUCACGUCCUGGCGUAUCCUUACAACGGCGAAAACAUGCAGUGGUCUAAUCCAGGGGCCGGCGGGAUGACAAACUAUCGCCAGCAGCCAGGAUUUGGCGACAAUGCGGGCCAACAGCGCGGUUAUGGGGGCAGUGAUUUUGGUCGACCUUCGUCGUUUGGUGGACAACAACGGUGGCAGUCGGCUGGUUACGGCGGUCAGCAGCAAGGAGCCGAGGCCUACCAGACGAAUAUCUUCAACGAACCAGACCGAUAUGGUUAUGAUUACACGAUUCCCGGAGCCACCGUACACUUCUUGAUGUUUAAAAAAAAAGGAAACAGACAAUCUGGAAAUAAUAAUCAAAAUGGUGUAGAUUCAAGUGGCUGGGACAAAUAUUAUUAAAACGUAUAAUAACUCAUCAAAAUAUUUUGAUUACAUUUUGAAUUAUAAUUUUAUAGCAUUAUGAUAAUUAAAACAUAUUUUGUUAAAUUUAGGAAUAUUUACUGUGAAAUAUUACAGUUUGCACGUAUUUACAAAAAUGGAUAAAAUAAAUAAUAUAUUGUAAACAAAUUUAAUAAUAGUGUUGUGAUUUUUUUUUUUUUUUUGUAUUAUUAUUAUUAUUGAAAUAACAUUGUGAAAUCAUUAAAUUAUCUAAAUAAAUCACUCAAAAUUUCAACAAAAAAAAUAUAUAAUAUGUUAAUAACCUAAUAAUAUUAUGAUAUUAAGGUAAACACUUCAAUAAAAAUUGUAUACCUACUUUGGCUUAUGCGGAUUAUUGUCGAAGCAUAUAAAUCAAAUAAUAUCAAACGUAUUUUAUUACUUCGGAUACAAAUAAUAUUAUAAGUAAAAAGAGUAAUAUAACACAUUUUUUAACAAUUAA